AGACUCAGAGUCCUGGACUCUGGAGUCAAUGGCGACAGGCAGCAAGGAGGCUACCAUCCAUUGGCGCAUGUGGCAUCAGCAUCAGCAGAGCUCUUCACAAAGGAAAGGGAUCCAGGGGUGCCACUGCAGAUUGAAAGCUUGUGAGAUCUGCAACCCUCGACGGGCAGGCAACUGAGGGGGCCGUGAUACUCUGAGAAUUAGUCUCUGAAACACUCUGUCUUCUCAAAGCGUCACGGCAGACCCAGCUCUUGAUGUUGUCGGCGUUGUCCUUGAUACAAUUUGGGUCUGUACCGGUUGUGAUUUGGGUUUCUCAGCAACUGAUCCCAUUACUGGAGCAUCUAGAUAGCUGCAUGGACAUUGUAAUCCAGUUUACGUGCUGGACGGUCUGAGAAAAUUUGAGCUUGAAAAUCUGCAAACAAGACAUUGCAGAAGGAUAUAACGUUGCAGCGGUUGUUAGGCUUCUAACCUGGUCACAGCUGAGCCUUAGGGUCAAAGAGUUUCUGAGGGGGUUAAAGGGACAAUUUGCAAUACCCCACAUUUUCUUGGUUAGACAGCCAGGGAGGGAGGACUCCUCAGCCGACAUGCUGAAAGAACUGCUGCAAUAACCCUCACUAUCUGGUCAGCUCUUAAGACUAGAGUGAGGGUUUCACAUGGGGGGCUGUGUCUCCAAGAAGAGGGACACGCCAGGUGCCGCCCCCCAUGCACCAGCUGUGAAGAAGGGGCGCGGGCGCAAGAAGAAGGGGACCGUCGCUUUCCAGCUGCAGAAUGGCGUCACGCUUCCGGGGGCCGGCGGCGAAAAUGACGUCAGCAUCCGGCGAGUGCAGUCAGAGGCGGCAGUGAGCACAAGUCAAGUGACCCCUGAGACUGAUGAUCAGAGCAGCGUGGAUGCGGCGUCGAUGUAUGGGACUCCGGCGGGGACGCCCAGGAGCCGGAUGGCGCGUUUGCUGAGUGCAAACGAGGUGUUCCACGACUGCCAAGUCACGUUCACCGACUCGGAAGACGAGUAUGAGCUCGCCAACUCCGAAACCCUCGAGAACAUCUACGGCCAAAGCCCCGAACAGCGGCGAGUGCCCUACUCACACCUGCGGGAGCACUUCACCGCGCGACUGCCGUCAAUACCCUCUUCUCUGGGCCCCGACCAGCCCUCCCCAUCCGGGGGGGGUAAAACGCCAGAGAGGAACGGGGGGGAGAACGCGUCAAACAUGCGAGAGGUCCGGGACGAACAGCACGAAAUCAGAACGAUGAGUCGGAGGAUGUCGGAUCCGGGGCCGGGACGGGGGGGUCGGAUCGAGGAGAAACGGCCCCCCCCGCUGCGUGUGGGCGACACUCCGGGGACCCCUCGGGGGGGGACCACCGAAGAUGGGCACGUUUUGCCGCAUCUCCACUUUCCGAAGAUUCUGCGGAAGACGUCGACGGGGAGCCGGAAGCACACCCCCGAAAAGAAGGGGGGGCGCCGGUGGAGCGAACCGGAGCCCCCCGAAGAGGAGCCGUCCACGUCGGGGGGCAUCGUGUGCCUGCCGAAGAUCCGCAUCGGGCUCGAGCGGCCCGACAGCCGGCGGAGCAGUUUUCGGAAGGAAAAGAAGUUUUCGAUGUUCGGGCGACGGAGUUCGGGAACGGGGGGGUUCGGCGAGGGAACGCCGGAUGGGCGGAGGAGGGUCGUGCGCAUGCCGCGGUUUGGGGAGAGUGUGAGGGCGUGCGAGAUGGGGCAACUAGAGGAGGGGUGCUGGACGAAAGUGGACGCGGCGAGCUUCGUGUUGAGGGGAAAGACGUACAUGAAGGAUAAGAAAAAGAUCCUGGCCAUGAUGCACCCGAUAUACGAGCUCCUCGCGGUCGACGUAUACCACUCCGUCCGAAAGCUUAUGCACGUCGCCCAGCUUAUGGACAUCCCGUGCCGGGGCGAGCCCUUUGGGCGGGACGGGUUACCACGCGUGUUAGUGGUCAACCUGCAGUUUCCGCUCUACCCCCCGAGCAUUUUCGGGGGGGCGGAGGGUCAGGACGGGGAGGGGUUCAACGUGAUUCUGUGCUUCCGGUUGAACGAGGAGUUUGAGAAGAAUCCGCCCCCGGCCGCGUUUGCGCUGCUCAAGCGGUUUCUGGGGGACGAUCAGGAGAAGGUCGGGCUGAUGGGCAGCCAGGUGUCGCUGCGCGAUAGGCUGAAGCUGAUUGCGAGCAUGCGCAACGUGGACGAGGUCGACAUGAGCCUCACGGAGCGGAAGCUCGCGACCAACUACAACGGGAAGCCCGUUCUUUCGCGCCCGCAGCACGUGUUUUUCCAGGAGGACAACUACAUGGAGAUUGACAUUGACGUGCAUCGCUUUAGCUUUCUGGCACGCAAGGGGCUCGAGUCGUUCCGGCAACGGCUCAAACAGAUGGUCAUUGACUUUGCGCUCAUCAUCCAGGGAAACCGGCCGGAGGAACUCCCCGAGCACGUGCUGUGCUGCGCCUGUCUGAACAAGUUCGACUUCGUCAGCCCCUCCCUCUACGUUCUCGACGAGGAACAUCGGGAGCGUCCCGACCGCACGCCCCGAUCAUCCGAAACGCUGAGCGUCAAGAUGUCCGGAACGCCGCGCACAAUCUGAUGGUCCGAAACAUGGUCCGGUCAUCCGUACGGAAGUAGACGUCGUUCCAAGCUUGGAGUGCCUAGAUUCCUGCAACACCGCACCGUUGCAAUUGCCCGGAAUUGUUCGUACCAGACCUGUAUAGUGUCAGACUCAGUACUUGGCGCCGGUUCCAUGCAUAGUUGCGCACUUGUUUGAGAACACGCUUGUACUAGGAUUAGCCGACGUUCGAAAUCCUGAGCGUUGAUGCCCGAUUCUUUCAGAACGCUCAUCCUUUUGUAGUAUAGUGUCCGCUUCAUCUUAUAGUGCAACAGCCUGUACUAACGACUGAACCUUCCGUGCCCAAGCGUGAAGGUGUCCGCAGCCAUUCUUAUGGCCCUUUCAUUGCUCAG